ACUUCCUCGUUGACUGGAUACACUCGUCACACACACACACACACGAACAAACAAGACUGCAUUGUUUUGAUUGCAUUUUACACUGGCCACUGUAUCUGGAAAGUAGACUACAAAAGGCUUGUGAACAUACAAUAUUGAAUAGGAUCAUUUUUCCAUAUCGAAAAGGAUUGUAAUUUACACUGUUGCUGUUUUAAGAAGCCGCCGAUCAAUUCAACAGGUAGAUUUCUGAUGUGUGACCUCAGCAUGGACCAAGUGGCCCCCCUGUCGACUUGCUACCGCUCCAGCCUCAAGCGGCAGGCAGCCUUUGACCUGUUUGAAGAUCCCAUGUCUCUGUUCUCUGGAUACCUCCUCCCCUCAGACGAUGACCAGUCUCUUCAGGAGGUGCCCUCUGGCCUCAACUGUUUCUCACACGACAUGGGCCCCUGCUCUGUUCCCCUGUUGACCCCGUGCAGUAAGGCAGUGAUGAGUCAGGCCCUGAAGGACAGUUUCAGUGGCUUCGCCAAGGUCCAACGCUGCUAUGGCAUCUCCAACAACCCUCGUAAGUGGACCAAGCAGCAUGUGAUGCAGUGGCUGCACUGGGCGGCCAGUGAGUUCAGCUUGGCCAACGUCCAUUUCUUUAAGUUUGACAUGAACGGCCAGGAGCUGUAUGACCUGGGUAAGGAGAGCUUCCUGGACCUGGCUCCAGACUUUGUGGGCGACAUCCUGUGGGAGCACCUGGACCAGAUGAUGAAAGAGUGUCAAGAGAGAGAAGAAUCCAUAAGCCUCAGCAGUGUUGUGCCCUCCGUAACUAACUGGAUGAGCUCUAGCGGCUUCAGUCUGGAGGAGACCCAGUGUGCCCUGCAGGUGCCUGACAACAGCGACAGUCUGCUGAGAGAGCUGUUUGAGACCUCAGACAAGACCGCCCUGCUGUCUCCAGAUCAGGAGUUCUCCAUGUUCUCCAAGCCCCAGCUGAGCACGGUCAACGUCAGCUACGUCAGGAGCAACCCAGGCUCAGGGCAGCUCUCCAAAGCCUUCUUGUCCCAGGACCAGAGUUUAUGUUCAUUGGAGAGUGUGGAUAGCAUCGAGGGGCCAGAGUCCAUGCUGCACUCCUGGGGCAGCCAAUCCUCCCUGGCAGACAACCAGAGGGUGCCGUCCCACGACAGCUUUGAGGACGAGUACAACAGCAGCCCACUGAGUCUGGAGAAGCAGGGCCUGUCCUUCAAGGACUACGUCCAGGAGAGGAACGAGCCUGUGGAAUUGGGAAAGCCUGUCAUAGCUGCUGCAGUGCUGGCUGGCUUUACUGGAAGUGGUCCUAUCCAGCUGUGGCAGUUCCUGCUGGAGCUCCUGACUGAUAAGAGUUGUCAGGCCAUCAUCAGCUGGACCGGAGACGGCUGGGAGUUCAAACUCACCGACCCAGAUGAGGUGGCUAGACGCUGGGGCCGCAGGAAGAACAAACCCAAGAUGAAUUACGAGAAGCUGAGCCGUGGCCUGCGAUACUAUUACGACAAGAACAUAAUCCACAAGACCUCGGGCAAACGCUACGUCUACCGCUUCGUCUGCGACCUGCAGAACCUUCUGGGCUACUCGGCCGAAGAGCUCCACAUCAUGCUGGGGGUCCAGCCUGACACCGAAGAUUGAAUCAACUGCCGUUUUAUCGAAAGGGAAGGGGUUGGAGAUGGAGUCAAUGGGGCUUCACUACCCCAACCUAGCAAAAGUUGCUAAUGGUACAGGCCACCUGAAGGUCAUUUCUGGUCAUUAAACAGGUGGCACUGAGUGAUGUGCACUGACAGUCGCUACACUGGUGGACAGGCAGCGAACAUCUCUAAUUUGGAGCAGCCGCUCCUGUCUUGGCUCUUGUGCCAUCAAUGUGCAUUGUUGUGCAAGCUUUGGUUGAGAGGGGUGCCAGUAUUUAAAUCAAGCGUUCCCUCUGGGUGAAAGUGUUGUUGUGCAAAUUGUAAUGGAUCAGCUCUGUAUCCAUCUGCAAAGUGGAAAGCUGUCGAUUGCACAGAUGAUAAUUGCGAUCAAUGUAACAUAGCAGAUUUUUUCAUUCAAGCCUGAUACUCAGCAAGUGUGGUGUUUACAGAGUCUGAAUAAUGGACAUUUUAACAUACUGUGAAUGAUCUUGGGGUUACCAAAUGAGAAUGCUUUUGAGGUGGCGGCUCCAGCACCAUAAGGUUAGGCACCACACCCUCAUGGGGUAAUUUUCACAAUCAACUUUUACCAGUUGAAUGUAGACACAUGUAAUCCUUUUCUGUAUUACAAUUAUUCCGAAAUAUUUUAAUAAACUAUACAAACGAGGCAAUA